AUGGCGACCCCACAGCUCAAGCAGGAGCUGAGUGAGGGAGACAUAAAGGGCUUCGUGCGUGCUGUGGUGGACGGGGGCGCGCAGGGCGCGCAAAUAGGGGCCAUGCUCACGGCCAUCCGACUGAGAGGUGUGGGUCUGAAGGAAACUGGGGCGCUAACCCAGGCCCUGGCCAGCUCUGGGUGAAAGCUGGAGUGGCCAGAGGCCUACCUACGCCAGCAGCUCGUGGGCAAACACUCCACAGGGGGAGUGGGUGGCGAGGUCAGUGCGGUCCUGGCACCUGCGCUGGCUGCCUGUGGCUGCAAGGUACCCAUGAUCAGCAGACGUGGUUUGGGGCACACAGGGGGCACCUUGGAUACACUAGAGUCUAUUCCUGGAUUCACUGCCAUCCAGAACCCAGAACAGAUGCAAGAUCUGCUGGAGGGAGUGGGCUGCUGCAUUGUGGGUCAGAGCAGGAAGCUGGUUCCUGCGGAUGGAGUCCUGUAAGAAGCCAGAGACGUGACAGCAACCGUCCACAGCCUGCCCCUCAUCACAGCCUCCCCCCUCAGGAAGAAGGUGGUGGAGAGCCGGUCUGCUCUGGUGGUGGAUGUGAAGUUCGGAGGGGCUGCCAUCUUCCCUAGCCGGAUGGAGGCCUGGGAGCUGGCGAGAGGAUCGGUUGCUGCACGGGCAGGCCUGGGGCUUUGAGUUGCAGCGGCUCUGACCACUACGGACAAGCCCCUGGGCCGUAGUGUGGGCCACACCCUGGAGGUGGAGGAGGCUCUGCUUUGCUUGAACGGCGCUGGGCCACCGGACCUGCGGGACCUGGUAACUAGGUUUGGGGGCGCCCGGCUCUGGCUCAGCGGACAGGCGGAGGCCCAGGAGGAGGGCGCUGCCGGGGUGGCUGCGACGUUGGAUGACGGUUCACCCCGGGACUACUUCGAGCGAAUGCUCGCGCUGCAGGGUGUGAACCCGGGCCUGGCCCGAGCCCUAAGUUCCGGAGCCCCUGCGCAGCGCCGGCAGCUGCUACCCCGCGCCUGGAAGCAAGAGGAGCUGCUCGCGCCUGUCGACGGCACCAGGGAACUCAUCCGGGCCCUGCCGCUGGCGCACGGACUCGGAGCCAGGCACAGCCGUGCCGGGGAGCCGCUUCGACUCGGGGUGGGCCAGAGGCUGCGCCAUGGGACGCGGUGGCUCCGAGUGCACUUGGACAUGCCAGCGCUCAGCGGCUCGCAGCGCCGCGCCCUGCAGGAGGCGCUCGUGCUCUCGGACCGCGAGCCCUUCGGGGACCCCUCGCCGUUCUCUGAGCUCAUCUUGCCGCGGACCAACGAGCAGCAGUAAAGCCCGAGAUCCGCAAAGCAGUUUCCGUGCCUGGCAAUGAGCUGGGCGGGAGCCGGAGGGCGGGACCCGCCUGUGAGAGGGCAGCUCAGAGCGAGGGCUGGGUCGGUUUGGGGCGGGGCUACAAGGAGCCCCACCCAGGCACGUGACUUCGGCGGGCCCUUCCAGCGCCCGCCCGCUCCGGCCGCGGCAAUUCAGAUUGCGCGUGCGCAGCCCGUCGACGCGUGCGCACGGUCGUCGAGCGCGGCGACCCGGCAGAUCCUUGGUCCGCUACCGGCCCCGGAAGAGCGGGGCCGCGCGCUCAAGGCCGCGUUCCCGGACUCGAGGGUCCCAACUCCGGACGGCCUGAG